UGGGCGCGGUAGUGGCGCGGGCGGCGCAGAGGCAGCAGCGGCGCCUCCCAUGAUGCACCAUGAUGAACCGCGGCUCAAGAACCAUGCGGCCGGUGCGGCAGCCAUCUUGGAGUAUCUAGGUCGUCUCUCGUUGGGACACGUCCCUCAUUUCGUUUACCCCUUGAUGAAUGGGGAUGUUGGCAAGCAGUAUUGUGGGGUUUGCCCCCACACUCCUGAUACUCCUGGACCCAUGGCAGUAGAGUCUCCAGUGGAGCCCUGUAGCUCCUCCCCAGACACAACUAGUGGCACCAGUGGUCCCACAAGCCAAGCCCCUGGUAAAGCUGUGCAAGUUGACGACACAGUUCAAGACAUGGCAGCAGCUGGACAGAAUGCAGAUCAAGAGGGGAAUGCUAAGGCAUGCACUCCCCUGGGCAGCAGCCAGCAGAAUGGGGAAGUGUCUCCCGAGAGCAGUCGACCAAGUGCCUCCCCCCUCCCUGCCUCAGUGCCCACCCCAGACUCUAGUAGUAGCAAUGCUCCCUCUACUGAAAACCUGGAAAAGCCUGAAGAACCGAUUCCUGAAAGUAGCAGCAAAGAAGACACAACUACAAGCGAGACACAGGGCACACAGACAACACCAGCACAGACUCCCACUCCGAGUACGCCCACGGCAACCCCUCCAGCACAACCACAACAGCAGCCCACCCAGCAGCCUCAGCAACUCACCCGGGACCAGAUACAGCAGUUGGUGGCACAGCAAGUGGAAUAUUUCUUUUCUAGGGAGAACCUGAGCAACGACCCAUACCUGAUCUCUCAGAUGGACAGUGACCAGUAUGUGCCAGUUUAUAUAUUGGCCAAUUGCUCACAGUUUAAGAGCAUCACUAAGGACCACAGCAUUAUUGUAGAAGCUCUCAAAGAAUCGCCUUUUGUCCAGCUAGACGAAGAAAAUAACAGAGUUCGACCCAACUAUAAAAGAUGCAUUGUGAUUCUAAGAGAAAUUCCUGAGUCUACUCCAGUUGAAGAGAUUGAGGCAAUGUUCAAAAGUGACGAGUGCCCUAAGGUAGUUUCCUGUGAAUUUGUUCACAAUUCUUCUUGGUAUGUUACGUUUGAAUCUGACGAAGACGCACAAAAAGCAUAUUGGUACCUCCGAGGUGUCGUCAAGACUUUCAAGGAUAAGCCCAUCCUUGCUAGAAUAAAGACAAAACCAGUGUCCAGACUAGGUUGUUUAUCAGUAUUACCAUCAUAUGGAAAUAAAGGUGGAGGUGAGGGGAAGGAAGGAUCUGGUCCUCCCUCAACCCCAGGUUCAGCUGGGUUACCGGGAGGACCUGGGACCCCUGCCCCAAAUACCAAUUUCAACAACCCCGGGGGACAGCGGUUUAUGUAUUCAUCAACGCCUUCAACUGUUACUGCCAACUCGUACACAUAUUCUUACACAACGCCAGCUGCCUUUUUCUACCCAAACAUGGUGCAGUGGACAGCCCCAGGUGGGUUCUAUGACAUCAACGGGUUUCUGCAGUUCAAUGGACUCUCACCACAAGCUGCCUUCAAGCCCCCAAGUAACCAUAAUGUUAGAUAUAACGGUAACAGAAGGAAUUCAAAACAUCGUGAUGGCAGAUAUGAUAAGGUUGACAACCGUCAUAAUAGUGGGGCUGGCCAAGGAAGCGGAGGGAAUAGCAACAAUCAUGGGAAUCAUCAAAAUCACUUCCCACAUUAUCCACCGCAGAGGCCGCAUCCCCACCAUAGACCACAGUCCUCUCAGUCCCCAUCCCAGUCUGCACACAGGAAUUCCCAGCCUCCCACUAGCACUACUGCCCCUCCUCCCCCUCCACCUCCUCCUCCACCACAGCCAUCAGCAGCAACAUCAGCUGGAACCAAUAACCAGAGCUUUGCUCAGUGCGAUCUCGCAAUAGCUAGUCAGUCUAACUUAUACACAUCAUUUAGCCCCCCAACGGGUCCAGCAACACCUGUGAUCCGGGCUGAAAAGAAAGAAGUGGUUACAGUGUCCAAGGCAUCUAGUAGCAGUAGCCCAUCACCUGUGUCAUUAGCACAGACGCCUGUGCAUACCACUACUGCCAGUCCUCCCUUCUCCAGUACCUCUAUGCUCAAUUCCUCAGUAUCCACAACUACUGUAGCAAGUGUGUCUGCCACUGUUGCAUCAACAACUUCAGCAGCCACAGUCAGUGUUGCUACCACCACAAGUACCUCACAUCAACCAGCCCAGCAGCACCAGGCACAUGGACCCACACAGCAGCAGCAUCAUGCUCAACAUCAGGCUCCUGGUCCGCCGCACCGGAACAGCUACAAUAAUGACCAUUAUCAUGGUCAUUAUCAAUACCACCCUGGACCUAGGGACCCUCAACAGCCAAGACAAUUUUUCAAAAACUGGUUUUGCCCCAGGUCUCGUGGUGUUCGCCGACGACCACGAGGUCGGGAAGAGGAGACCCAGACAAGUGGUGGUAACCGUAGUAUGCCUCAACGAGGAGGUUCCACACAGCCUCCUAGCAAUGACAACACAAAACAGGGAAAUAGCCAAGAAGCAACUCCUCCUCCACAACCACCACAGCCACAGUUUGACCUUGAGGCUGCAGCUUUUCCCCCACUUCCAGGUUCUGAUGAGCAAGUUCCAGUUGCAGAAGAAAAGAGACAGCCUGAAUCACUGCCUUCUGCAUGGGGAAGUGACACUCAGCGUUUCUCAGAUGUAAUGAAAGGAACCGCAAAACCCCGUGCACCAUCACAAUCCUCUGUGGGAGAGAAGGAUUUGCCUUUAGAACCCUCUAUUCCCUCCAGCAGUACUUCUCCUGCCCCUUCAGUUUCUGCAGCUGCAGUACCUCCAGUAGCCUCAACUCCACCAUCCACAGCAGCUACUACCCAAGCUAGUCAAACCUCAUCUACUACUACCACUUUACCAUCAUCUCAAGAUGUUCUAAGCACAGCACCAACCACAGUUUCAUUAUCCUCUAGCUGUUCCACAGUUUCCUCGUCUACAACUUCAAAUACCACCAGUAAUGUAGUUGCUAGUAGCAGCAGCAGUAGCAGCAGCAGCAGCAGCAGCAGUAGUAUUAAUAAAUUGGAGACAAGACCUGUACCUAGGGAGCAGCGAGGAGGCCGGGAAGACAAACGGACAGUACCUAAUAGUGGGAUGAAAGAUAGGCGAGAUUAUACUCGGGACCAUCAGAGAGAUUUUUCACAGAGGGAAUCUGGUCGAUCAGGAAUGGGUAGAGAUCGUGAUCACAGACUUGGCCGUGAUAGCAACACUCGUACUGGAAAAGAGAACAGGCCUGUUCCAUCACGGCAGUGGAAAGAAGAGAAAGUGGAUGCAGAUGGCUGGAUCACAAAAGGGCCUAGGGAGUCCCGUGCUCACCGUGAGAUGAAUCGUGAACAGAGAGAAAGACAGGAGUCGAGGGAAGUAAGGGCUCAGCACCUAGUGAAUGGGGACUCUUCCCCCCCACCCUCUCCUAAG